UUCUUUUUUUGGGCGCGUGUGCCAAACGGCUUCGCGUGUCGGGGUGCUUCUUCUGAGGGUGGAUUUUCUGCUCUCUGCCCCCCUCUCGUCUCGCCCGAGCACGUCAACAGCAGCAGCCUCCGCGAGGGCCUGGCGGCCUUCCGCCUCCGGGACGACGCCGCGGCGGCGCGGCACCUCCGCGCGUGCCUGGAGAGCGCCGACGAGCCCGUGGGCGCGCACGCCGCGUGCAAGACGGCGCUGGGCCAGAUGCACCUGCUGGGCGCGGGCGUGUCGAAGAGCCUGUCCGAGGCGCUGCUGCUCUUCCAGGAGGCGGCGGCCGAGGGCCACGCGGAGGCCCAGUUCAACCUGGGCCUGCUGCACUCCGCCGUGCACGCGGGGGGAGACGACCUGUACCGGCAGGAGGCGCUCGCCGUCCUGCACCUGUACGCCGCGUCCACCGCGGGGCACCCGGGCGCGCUGAUGGCGAUGGGGUACCGGCACCAACACGGCUACGGGGUGCCUCAGGCGUGCACCACCGCGGCGCUCAACUACAUCGAGCUGGCCGGGGAGGUCGCCGAGAUCUACAGCGCCGGGAUUCCUACGGCCGUGGAGCUCGUGCGGCUCAACGUCCACCCGUCCGAGCAGGGCAGAGUCAUAGGCUCCGCCGAGCUGAGCCUCCUCGUUCAGAUGGCGAAUGGCGGGGACCUCAACGUCGCCCAUGCGCUGGGAGAGCGCUGGCUCCUGGGCGCCGAUGGGUUCAGCCAGGACUUCGAGAAGGCAAGGCACUACCUCACCCGCGCUGCCGAGGGCAACCACCCGGGCGCCAAGGGCCUCCUGGGCUACAUGCUCUGCCUGGGGCUCGGGAUGCCCGCGAACCUGACGGAAGCGCACAGGCAUUUCGUCGCGGCGGCGCAGCGGGGGGACAAGUGGGGGUUCAACGGCCUCGGCUACCUCUCCUUCAGCGGCAGGGCGCGCGAGCAGAACUACAGCCACGCCUUCCGCAUGUUCAACGAGUCCGCCACCAGGGGGAGCGCCGACGGCAUGUUCAACCUGGGCAGCCUGUACCUGACGGGGACGGGCACGGACCAGAGCUUCCCCCGGGCCGUGAAGCUCUUCACGGAGGCCCUGGAGCGUGGCCACACCGCCGCCGCCUACGCGCUGGCGGUGAUGUACCUGCAGGGCAUCGGCAUAGAGCGGAAGUGCGACGCCGCCGUCAGGCUCCUGAAGACGGUCUGCGAGCGGAGCAGGUGGGUCACCGACAAGUUGGCCGAGGCCAAGGAGAUCGGAGAGAGGGAGGUCGACCGGGCCGCCCUGCUCUUCCUGAAGCUGGCCGAGGCGGGCCACGAGGUCGCCCAGACGAACGUGGCGCACAUGCUCGACGCCGGCCAGUCUUCGCUGCUCUUCCAGGGCGAGGAGGCGCCAGAGGGCGGGGGGUCGACUGAGGCGGCGAGGCGGCACGGCAGGGUGCUGGCGCAGCGCUACUACGAGCUGUCCGCGGCGCAGGGCAGCGUGUCGUCCGAGCUGCGUCUCGGGGACUACGCGUACUACGGGUGGGGAGUCUCGGCCUUCCUCGCGGGCGAGGGCGACGAAGCGGACGACGGCGACGACGACGGCGGGCUGCUGCCCCCGGACCCCAGCGGCGAGGUGCGGAUCGCGCCCCAGGCUGUGGACUACGAGGCCUCGCUGGCCAGGUACAGGAGGACGGCGGACAUGCCAGUCACGCGCGCGUGGAUGCAGACCUUCGCGGCCAGGGCCUCCUUCAACCUGGGCUUCAUGCACCAGUUCGGCCUCGGCGUGCCGCAGGACCUGCUCACGGCCAGGAUGCACUACCACCGCUCCCGCGACGCGGGCGACGGCGCCGCUGGCGCCCCGGUGGCGGUGAUGCUGCUGCUGCUCGACGCCCACGCGCUGCUACUGCGCCUGCCAACGCCGCAGCGGCUCUUGGGGCGCCUGCUGCAGGACCUCCGGGUCCACGCCCUCGCCGUGCACCUGGCGGCUGUGGCCGUGCUCUGUUUCCCCCUCCGCCGUCGCCGCGCGCCGCCACUUCGCCGCCGCCCGGCGGGCGGUCCGGCGCGGGGCCUCCGGGCG